UUAGCUGCCAAAUUCAAUGAACUCCACUCCGGUUUUCUAAAUUUUCAAUGACCUGGAUUUUUCUUUUUUAGCGAUUGUCUUGAACGUCCGGUUAAAGUUGAUGCGGCGUUCAUGUGAAGAAGCUUCAUCAUCAGCUGUUUCUGAUUCUUCGCCUCUACUCGCACGCCACCUUUUUGGUCGCUCCAGAAUUCUUGAUCCGUCUCACAAUACUCACCAUAGUUGUUGUCGCCAUGGAGUAGCCGUCUUACGGUUGCCCCCCUCGACACCAGCUAGAACAAUGUGUAUUCUAAAGCGCACUCGUACCCAGCACUGAUCACGCGUGGAAGUUUGCAUCUCUGUUUACUCAGGUUGAGAGGAUGCCCCAUGCCCUGGAAGUCGAAUUCUAGAACUAGGUUCGGGGUUGGAUUAAUAUCUUGGUCACAGUUACCUCAGCAGGGAUGAUUCAAGGAGCUUGGGCGGGUUCGCAGAUCGUUGUCUCACCAGGUUUUGAAAUAGAAGAUUCUCUUACGAACGACUGAUUUUUAUUUUAGUUACAGCGAGCGGUGUUCUCGUCGUCUACUGCUACUGCUAGGGUUUGGCGUUCAGAAAUCCAGUGUUGAAGGCCUGGUUGCAAAGAAGUGUUAGCGGGAGAAUCGUUUUGGCAGUGGAUGUAGUGUGGCUGUGUCUUGUUGGAAAUUGACAUUGGAUGUCAUUCUCCUGGAUGUUAGCGUUGCCGAAAUUAUGUGGAUUUCCUGUAGGUGAUGCGUAGCUGAAGCGUGAAGAAUGCUCACGGCUCAUGAGUUCGUAGCAGCGUCAAUGGAAGGGUUCUAAAAGGCUUUACAGUUUUCAGCAACUUCGAAAGUCGUCGUAUUACAUGAUUUAGGAGUCUGGGGGAGGUAUUUAAGUGUCAUUGCAGAUUUUUUUUUGUUUUUUCAUUUUCAUUUUGAAUGCAGCGACCGACAGUUGUUGUGCUUGGCUGAAGCAUUUCGUCUUAGGUUGGUCAGGAUGGUUGUUAGGUUUUGGCAUUGGCAAGUGCGCCAUGAUCUUCGAGAAAAAAUUGGGUGUUGUGAACUUCGUACAUGUGGUAUUAGGCCUAGGCUUUCCGAGUCUGAUACUGAGGUCUAACGUAGAGAAUGCAAGCCGCAAGAGAAAAGCUGGGCAAGGAGUUGUGAAGCGAUUAUAAGAAAUCUCGUUUGAGAAGAUACGUCGAGGACCAGACUAGUGAAAGUGCAAAUAAUCAAGGUGUGUUUUGCGUUCCCGUAAAUGUACUCUGGAAUGACGGGAGCAGGAAGAGGGAAGCUGCGUCAGUGUUUAAUUAGAGGCACCGAAUGAAAUACUUAUGUUGCAGUCCUGCACUUGUGUGAGCCAAAACAACUAGUGCCGUGAUGCAUUUCUCUGUGCCCCACACCAAGGCACGACCUCCUGAUUGGCUCUGCAAGUGUGGCGAAUUAUGCUCGCCAAUCGAAUCCAUAUAGUUGUGUAAAAUACUGAGUUAUUGGCGCGCCCGACGCACCCGAGCAACCAUGAAGACUUGGAUGAGUUUGCUGGAGGAAGCUAAACGUCGGGCAAUUAUGGUCGUAGCUGUCGCCGUUACUCUUGCCUACAUGAUGUCUUUGACGAGCAGCUCCGUAUGGAUCAAUCUACCCAUUGCAAUCAUUGUCUUAGCUGCUUUGCGCCGUGUUUCAUUUGACAUUGAGAUUCGGUGGAGGCUUCCUCCAACUCAAACUUCUGCAGUUCCACAGUUACCGAUGCUGCAUCGACGUCAGCUGAGCAGCCAUGAUCCGCUUCUUUCUGAAGCAUCCCACACAGCUGCCAACAGAUGGCGCCACUACUUCAACUCUCCUGCCGUCGAGGCUGCUGUGGAUGAGUUCACCAGGAGCUUAAUUGAUGAAUGGGUAACCAACCUCUGGUAUUCUUCCGUUACUUCCGACGAAGAAGCACCGGAGGAGCUCCGCAUUCUCAUCAAUGGCAUGAUAGGCGUGGUUGCCCAGCGUGUGAAACGCGUGAACUUGAUAACUCUUCUCUCACGGGACGUGGUAGAUGUUGUGGGCUCUCAGUUUGAGCUCUAUCGGCGGAUGAAGGCGAAGAUUGGACCCGACAUAAUUGGCUCACUCUCUACAGAAGAGCGAGAUGAAAAGCUAAAAUAUGCAAUGAUGUCCUCUAGGGAGUUGCAUCCAGCGCUUGUUUCCCCAGAAGCUGAAUACAAGGUUUUGAAGAAACUAACGGGAGGAAUAGUUGCUUUAGUGCUUAAGCGACAAGACGCAAAAUGUGGACUGUUGAGAAUCAUGGCACGGGAGUUGUUGGCUUGUGUAGUGCUGAGGCCUGUCAUCAACCUUGCGAAUCCUGGGUUCAUUAAUGAGAUGAUUGAAAAUCUGGCACUCUCUUCGAAGGAGAGAGCGCGUCAAGCGGCUGAAGAGGCAGCCGAAGUAGCCAAGCAGCGAAUCCCGGAGCGCAUAUUGCAGAGGAAGCCUUCAAUUUCUGGUCUGGAGAUGAUUUGUUUGGAAAAAUCCCAGUCCACCGUGAGAGGAUUGGAAAUUGUUCCGUACCAGAAGAAUAAUGAAAGGCUUUUUACUUCAGUUGGAGACAUUGGGACGCCUUCCCCGUCACAGCUAUCAGUAGAUUCAAAAAGGUCCCAAGAGAUUGAGCCUGAUGAUGUAGGAGACUGGGGACUCAUUCCUCGUGCAGAUUGGGCCCAAGUUCUGGAUGCUGUAACCCAACACCGAGCACAAGCACUCACUGCUGAGCAUCUGGACAAUUUAUGGACUAAAGGGAGAAACUACAAGCAGCGAGAGAGUGAACGAUCUGUAGCUCUUGGUGGCACCACUCAAAGUAAGAAAGCCAAUGCUGAGAAAUCCACACCAACCAAAUCAAGCACCAAAGUAUCAACACUUUCUGCCACAAACAAGGAUAGUUCUGCAAGUUCAGACUAUGGAAAUGUAGUGCCCACUCCCGUCGUUUUCCUCAGUAAAGAUUUGCACACUAAGAAAGAACCCAGCUGCGCUAGCGAGCAGUACAGGGAGCUAUUGUUUGGAGAUGCAAAUGAUGGAGAUGAAACAAUGCCUGGGAUAGGAUUCUCGGCGGCUGAAACACCAGGUGGUUGCAGUUCUACUAAACUUGCUCCCAGUUGGAAAAGUGCAGACUUUGCGAGAUGUAGUAGUGAUGGGGAUUUUGUGACUUUCCGUAGAAACAAUGAAGCGAUUACAGAAAAUGACAAACAGGAGUGCAAUGUUUAUAAGAAUCUUUCGAAAUCAGAUUAUGGACCACUGAAUGUGCAGCGGCCUCCACGAUGUUUGUCACGUCCAAAGUCUAGAAACGUAGGUGGUGAACCAGAUGGGUGGCAAGAGUCGGAAGAAGGGCCAUCAGAGGGUCUUUUGACAUUUCUAGAAAGACCUUUAAGUUGGGAUCCAUCCAUUACAGACUGCAAACAGGUCAGCGUUGUGGAGGAAUCACUUCGCCCGUCUCUUAAGGCCCAGGCUUCGCUGUUGUUUACAGAAUCAACUUCUCAAAUGUUGCUGAAGUGUGAGGUCCUGGGAGCACAUUUUGAGAAAAAUGGAUCUAAGGCAUUUGUAGUGUACACUAUAAAGGUGACACAUACUGAUAAUCGAAACUGGCAAGUUCAAAGAAGGUAUCGCAACUUUGAACAGCUACAUAGGCGUUUGAAAGAUGUACCAUCUUACAGUCUCUGUCUGCCUCCUAAGAGGUUUCUCUCGUUCAACCUUGACACUACUUUUGUGCGGGAGCGUUGUGUACUUCUUGAGAAGUACUUGAAAGAUUUGUUAACAAUUCCCAGCGUAGCAGAAUUGCAUGAAAUUUGGGAUUUUCUAAGCGUCAACUCUCAGAUCUACUCGCCUGGGAUUUCACCGUCUGUGAUGAAGACGUUAGCAGAUGAUGUCGUGGAUGACGUCUUUCGCCAGAUUCGAGGUGUUUCAGAUGAUAUCUCUGGAGCCCUGAAGCUAGCAACGAGUGGGAUUCGGCAAAGGUUUCCGUUGGGCAGUGGAGAUCUUGGUCGAUCCGUUGCCACAAACAGUACCCAGAUUAGCACAACCUUGCCCUCCCAAAGUUCAACAUCUCAACUCAGUGGUCCAUUAGCAAUGCUUGCCAUUCCUGACGGAGACCUUGGUGAAAAGUCGCUUAGUAAUUCGACCUUAGAAGGGGAGUGUAAAGGAAAUUAUGGGACACAUUUAGAGGAUUCUGGUCAGGGAGUGGGUUCAAUUCAAUGGCACUCAGAUGGUGAAACCGCCAGGGAUCCUAUCGAGGUCAAUAUUUUAAAGACUGCGGCACCUGUUUUUAGUAGCCAGUCGGAAAUGAGGGGUUAUCAGCUGUUCGGAAGGCCCUUAGAGAGAGCUCUUUCAGAGGGACAUUCACCCGCGGAUUCAUUUGCUUCUGAUGUCAUUGAAGAUGAAUUGGUGAUUCCUCAGGAGUGGUCUCCGCCAAAAGUUACCGUGCCUAUUCUUAAUUUGGUCGAUCAGAUUUUUCAGCUUCAGGGCCGUGGCUGGAUCAGACGUCAAAUUCUAUGGAUUGCCAAGCAGAUUCUUCAGCUCGGUAUGGGUGAUGCUUUUGACGACUGGCUAAUUGCGAGAAUACAAUGGCUACGAAAUGAAGACGUCGUAGCAUCGGGUGUACAUUGGUUGAAGGGGGUGUUAUGGCCAGAUGGCAUUUUUAUUACUAAACACCCUAAAAAUUCAGCGGUUGUGGAAGACUCGGCGAAUGAAUUUCUUGACGAGGGUCAUCCACCAAUUAACUCAUUUGAGCUUAGACGGGAGGCUGCACGACGAGCUUCAUUUUUGCGAGAGAUCAUCGUUGAUAAAGCACCUGCCACAUUAGUCAGUCUUAUCGGCAAGAAGCAGUAUGUAAGAUGUGCGAAAGACAUUUACUACUUCAGCCAGGCUAGUGUGUGCAUGAAGCAGCUGGCUUACAACCUUUUGGAAACGGUUUUACUUGCUACAUUUCCAGAGCUACAUGAUUUGAUUCUUGAUGUCCGGAGCAGCGUCAAGUGACGAUUGCUCUCCAGGGAUGAUAAAAAUGACGGUGCAAAUGGUACCCCCAAAAUGUUGAGGAUGGCACAUUCACACAAGAAAUGCAAUUGAAGUGGAGUGUUUCUAACCUAGGUCAGGACUUUUUUUUAAUAAGUCAAGGAAAAAAGGAAGGAAAGAACCUGAGUCCCAUAAUCUGAGACUAUCAGUACCAUAGUUAGUAUACUUUUCCCCUGAAAGUGGGUGUACAGUGUUAGGGUGUGGAUAAAAUUGUGCGGAAAUAUUUAUUUGAUUCAGUCUAUGCGCAAGCGUGUUUCUUGUGGUAGCUUUUCUUA